GCCGCCGUGCUGUCUGCCCCGGUGCUGUGCAUGGAGAGGUUGCGGGUGCUGAGGGGAAGCCGCCAGCUCGCGCCGCUCCGCCGAGCUCCCGCGGGGCAGAAAAGCUGACUGAGGUUGUGAUGAUAUUUUCCAUGAUGCUCUACCCUGUAUGGUGAAGUGUGAAGGUCUGGAAAACUUGAAUUAACUCUAGAGGACUUUGUAUCGGAUACUACUUGGAAGACCAGACAGCAUUUUAAGGAGCAUCCUUGAAGGUGCAUAGAAAAUAUGCAGCUGUCUGAACAAGGUGUAACUGCUUAUCUCUAAAGCAAGAUUCACAACAGAAGAAACACUGUUCUCAGAAGUCUGAUUUAUGUGGAGACAGAAGCUGACUUUGCAGCUGUGUUAGAUACAUUAUGUUCUACCAUUGCCUGUGUGCCUGCUUUGUCUGACCUCCUGUGGAUACCAACAGCAAACAAAUGUUCUGAACAGAAACAAAAGGAAAACAAUGGCCUGUCUUACAAUGGCUAAUAUAGAAGGCACAGCAACUGGCACUGUACACCAGAAUGGUGACAUCCUUGGGAAUACUAGGGCACCCAAGCAGACAGAGCCAUUGCUUCAAGUGUACCUUUAUUAUUCACCUGGGAAGACAGGAGGAGAUUAUCUUCAAUUUCCAGCUGGAGAAUACAUUGCAGAAGAGAUUUGCACUGUUGCCUGCAAAGCAUGUGGUAUCAUGCCAGUGUAUCAUAACAUGUUUGCACUCAUGAGUGAAACAGAUAGAGUUUGGUAUCCUCCAAAUCACAUUUUUCACAUAGAUGAAGCAACCAGACUAAUACUACUGUACCGGAUAAGGUUUUAUUUUCCUCACUGGUAUUGCAAUGGCACAAGCAGAGCAUAUCGCUAUGGCAUUAUUCGGGGUUCAGAAAGCCCUGUUCUUGAUGAUCUUGUCAUGUCUUACCUAUUUGCACAGUGGCGAGAUGAUUUUUUGGGUGGAUGGAUACAGAUGCCUGUCACUCAUGAAACGCAGGAAGAAUGCCUUGGAAUGGCUGUUCUGGAUAUGAUGAGGGUGGCCAAGGAAAAGGACCAAACGCCACUGGCUGUUUACAACUCAAUUAGCUACAAAAUGUUUUUGCCUAAAUGUGUGCGAGCAAAGAUCCAAGAAUACCACAUUUUGACCCGAAAGAGAAUAAGGUACAGGUUCCGUAAAUUCAUACAGCAGUUCAGCCAGUGCAAAGCUACUGCCAGGAACUUGAAACUUAAGUAUCUCAUAAACUUGGAAACCCUUCAGUCUGCCUUCUAUUCAGAGGUUUUUGAAGUAAAAGAACCUGGUGGAGAUCCUUCUGGAGAAGAAAGUUUUGCAACUAUUGUAAUAACUGGAAACGGUGGAAUUCAGUGCUCAAGAGGAAAACUUAAAAACUGUGAGAUGCUGGCAGAGCAGGAUUUACAAACAUAUUGUGAUUUUCCUGAUAUCAUUGAUGUGAGCAUUAAACAAGCAAGUCAAGAAGGUUCCAGUGAGAGGAGAAUUGUCACCAUUCACAAACAAGACAGCAAGAAUCUGGAGGCUGAAUUUCAGUCUUUAAGAGAAGCUCUCUCCUUUGUAUCGUUAAUUGAUGGAUAUUACAGAUUAACUGCAGAUGCCCACCAUUAUCUCUGCAAAGAAGUAGCACCACCAUCAGUGCUUGAAAAUAUACAAAGCAAUUGCCAUGGACCAAUUUUCAUGGACUUUGCUAUCAAUAAACUGAAGAAGGCAGGUAAUCAGACUGGCUUCUACGUUCUUCGUUGCAGUCCUAAAGAUUUUAAAAAAUACUUCCUCACAUUUGCUAUUGAGCGUGAGAAUGUCACUGACUAUAAACAUUGCUUAAUUACGAAGAAUGAGAAUGGGGAAUAUAAUCUUAGUGGAACCAAGAGAAGUUUUGGUAAUCUUAAGGAUCUAUUGACCUGCUAUCAGACAGAAACUGUCCGCUCAGACAGCAUAAUUUUCCAGUUCAUCAAGUGCUGUCCUCCAAAACCAAAAGAUAAAUCAAACCUCCUUGUCUUCAGAAGCAAUAGUGUCUCUGAUGUACCUUCAUCACCAACUUUGCAGAGGCACAAUGUUAGCCAGAUGGUCUUUCACAAAAUCCGGAAUGAGGACUUGAUUUUUGAAGAGAGUCUUGGACAGGGCACAUUUACAAAGAUUUUCAAAGGUAUACGGAAAGAAGUAGGAGACUAUGGCCAGCUCCAUCAAACUGAAGUUCUUUUAAAGGUUCUGGAUAAAGUGCAUAGAAACUACUCUGAGUCCUUCUUUGAGGCAGCAAGUAUGAUGAGCCAGCUUUCUUACAAACAUUUGGUAUUAAAUUAUGGAGUCUGUGUGUGUGGAGAGGAGAAUAUCCUUGUACAAGAAUAUGUGAAAUUUGGAUCUUUGGACACAUAUUUGAAAAAGAACAAAAACGUUAUUAAUAUCUUGUGGAAACUGGAAGUUGCCAAGCAGUUGGCAUUAGCCAUGCAUUUCCUGGAGGAUAAAGGCCUUGUUCAUGGGAAUGUCUGUGCAAAGAACAUCUUGCUUAUCAGAGAAGAGGACAGGAAGUCUGGAAACCUUCCUUUUAUAAAACUAAGUGAUCCUGGCAUCAGUAUCACAGUUUUGCCGAGAGACAUUCUUCUUGAGAGAAUACCAUGGGUUCCACCUGAAUGUAUUGAGAACCCCAAACAACUAAGCCUAGCUACAGAUAAGUGGAGUUUUGGUACCACUUUAUGGGAAAUCUGCAGUGGAGGAGAUAAACCACUGAGCGCUCUCGAUUCUUCAAGAAAACUACAGUUUUAUGAAGAUCGACACCAGCUUCCUGCCCCCAAUUGGACAGAGCUAGCAAAUCUGAUAAACAACUGUAUGGAUUAUGAGCCAGAUUUCAGGCCAUCAUUUAGGGCAAUUAUACGUGACUUGAAUAGUUUGUUCACUCCUGAUUAUGAGUUAUUGACAGAAAAUGAUAUGUUGCCGAAUAUGCGAACUGGAGCUCUUGGAUUUUCUGGGGCCUUCGAAGAUCGGGACCCAACACAAUUUGAAGAAAGGCAUCUUAAGUUUUUACAGCAACUUGGCAAGGGAAACUUUGGCAGUGUUGAGAUGUGCCGGUAUGAUCCCCUACAGGAUAAUACUGGGGAGGUGGUGGCUGUGAAAAAGCUGCAACAUAGUACAGAGGAGCACCUUAGGGACUUUGAAAGAGAAAUUGAAAUACUUAAAUCUCUGCAGCAUGAUAACAUUGUUAAAUACAAAGGAGUUUGCUACAGUGCAGGUCGUAGGAAUCUGAGAUUAAUUAUGGAAUAUCUACCAUAUGGAAGUUUACGGGAUUAUCUGCAGAAACACAAAGAGAGAUUGGACCACAAAAAGCUUUUGCUAUAUGCAUCUCAGAUAUGCAAGGGCAUGGAGUAUCUGGGCACAAAAAGAUAUGUUCACCGGGAUUUAGCAACAAGAAAUAUCUUAGUGGAGAAUGAGAACAGAGUUAAAAUUGGAGAUUUCGGAUUGACUAAAGUCUUGCCACAAGACAAGGAGUACUACAAAGUGAAAGAACCUGGUGAAAGCCCUAUAUUUUGGUAUGCUCCAGAGUCUCUGACAGAGAGCAAAUUUUCUGUGGCUUCAGAUGUAUGGAGUUUUGGUGUGGUCUUGUAUGAACUCUUCACUUACAUUGAAAAGAGCAAAAGUCCACCAGCUGAAUUCAUGCGCAUGAUUGGCAAUGAUAAACAAGGGCAGAUGAUUGUAUUUCAUUUGAUAGAGCUUUUGAAGAACAAUGGACGACUUCCAAGGCCAGAUGGAUGCCCGGAUGAGAUUUAUGCUAUCAUGAAAGAAUGUUGGAACAACAACGUUACUCAGCGGCCCACCUUUAGGGAUCUUGCUCAGCGAGUGGAUCAAAUAAGGGACAACAUGGGUGGAUGAGGAAACUGUCCCUUCUUAAGAGCAUGUAUUAGGAUGCAAACAAAAUGUACUUGGUUUGCUGUGUAUAAUUGACAUAUGUGCACUUGUGCAUUUACCUUUGCUGGAAGUAAAAUCUGCAUGGCAAAUAUCUUAUAUGAAUCUGCAAACUGAGGAACCCUGCUGGUUUUCUUGAUCAGGAUAUAUUUGUUACUGUGAGAACAUGUUGAAAUUCUCAAUACGGAAAGAAAUUAUUUUUCUAAAUUGAAUAAUAUAAUAUAUGGUCAGUCUACAAAACCAUUAUUUGCCUUAUUUGGCAAGCAAAAAAGAGGUGAGAAAUAUGUGAGAUUAAGAAAUGAUAAGACUAUUUCCUUGUUGAAAUGGAGAUACAUAGAAAAGACAUGUAGUCUUUUCACUGUGAAUAUGUAGUGAGUGACUGCACACCCUGUUCUGUGUGUUGCACAAGGGCUUUGUUUUGUUAAUGUGCUUUUGUAACUUUUUAUUGUUGUUGCAGAAGUGGCUUCUCUGUAUAACAAAAUGGAAUUGGUUAUGUAAUCCAGCAACUUUUAAUGUGCCUGUCUGAAUCAAUGAUCAGUCAGCAGCAUAUGCAAAGAAACAUAGUCCAUGUGAUAUACUGUAAGUAUUUCUAGGGGAAGGAAAAGGAAGUGAAUUGUUUUUAAUUUGGACAGCCAGAUAACUCACCUGUGUGAGAAUUGUAAUUUAAGUUGGAAAAGAAAAUAGUGACAAUUUUUUUGUAUUUUUUUCCCUUAAGUAUUAGAUUCCCUUUACAUAUGAGGAUA